AUGCCGUCGCCACCGCCGCCGGUUCCUGCACCCCGGAGUUUAUCUGUCUCGUCGCUCAUAUUCAAAUGCGCCGACGACGAAAAGAAAAACUUCAAGGAUGAUAUUGUUACAUUCAAUAUUGGUGGUCAUAUCUAUUCAACAACAUGUUUAACCAUCAAUGACAAUGUUGAUUCACAAUCAUUAUUAUCUUUAAUAAUAUCAAAUCGAACAACAACACAGUUAGAUAAAAAUGGCCAUUAUUUUAUUGAUCGCGAUGGAACAUAUUUUCGUUAUAUAUUAAAUUAUUUUCGUGAUAAAAAGUUGCUUUUACCAGAAAAUUUUACUGAAUUAAAACAACUUUGUUCAGAAGCAAAAUAUUAUCAAAUUGAUCGACUUGUAGAUGAAAUAGAAAAUCGUUUAAAUACAACCAAUGAACAUAAGAAACAGCUAGAAAUCGGCUUAAAUUUUACAUUAAUAUCAAGUCUAAGUCAAGGUGGAAAAAUAUUAACAUUGAUUGGUCCAUUAAAAUUAAUAUCCUUAUUUCAUAUUGAACCUAUUGGAAAGAAAUUUUUAAAGAUUAUUUCAAGUUAUACAGAUCCAAAUAAUAUUUCAUGCCAAUGUACAUUUCCAGUCGACGAUAAACUUAUUUCAUGUCAACCAUUCGAUCAAUUACAACGUAUUGUCCUUGCUAAACAAGCGAGAAAAAUGGGCUUGGCUGUUAGUUAUUGUGAUGAUUAUUUUUAUAUUCCUAUUGAACGUCAAAUAAUGUUAAGAGACGAAUUAGCGCAAUUAUUAUUAAAUGGAUGUCAUGGAAAAUUGCUACAUACAAAUGUAACAUAUGAAAAAAAGUCGAAUUCAGAUCAUGAUGCUUCAUAUAGUCUAGUCGAAAAUUGGUUUGUACCAAAUAUAUCAAUAGCAAAGUGUUUAGAAACGAACGGACCAAUAAACAACAAUGGAAAUAUUUAUUCAAGUACAAGCAUGACCAAUGGACUUUAA